UAACACAUGGUUAGAAAUAUUGCAUCUGCAUAUAUAAUAUGAUAUAUACUCUUCGAAGUGUCUCUAGCAAGAAGAGCGUAUGAUCCAUGGAAGAAGAGGGUUCAAAGGGAAAAGCCAUGGAUGAAGAAGAGCAUGUAAAGUACAGAGGAGUACGUAGAAGGCCAUGGGGAAAAUAUGCAGCAGAGAUUCGUGACUCAAUGAGACAUGGUCAAAGGUUGUGGCUGGGAACAUUCCCCACAGCAGAGGAAGCUGCUAGAGCCUAUGACAGAGCUGCAUAUGCCAUGAGAGGUCCCUUUGCAGUCCUAAAUUUUCCUGAUGAAUACCCUCCUUCACCGGCAUCUGCUUCUUCCUCUUCGUCUUCCUCUUCGUCUGUGUCCUUUUCAGGUUAUGGACACGUGGAAGGAAGAGGAAGAGGAAGAGGAAGAGGAAGAAAUGAAGAAGGAAGUCAAGUAUUUGAGUUUGAGUACUUUGAUGACAAAUUGUUGGAGGAGCUUCUUGGUUAUGAUGAAGACAAAAAUAAGCAUGGCAAGUGAAAUAUGAUAUGUAUUAAGUUUUACCUGAUACAAGGUAUGUCUCAUCAUAUUUGUUUCCGAAAACUGUUCAAAACUUUGUCUCUCUAUAACCAUGCGAGACAUUACCUUUAAGGUUAUAAGGUCUGAUCUUUGUUUGAGAAAUCUAAA